AUGAAGUUCCUCGCUAUCGGUGCGCUCCUGCUCAGCACAGUUAGUGCUCUUGCGACGGAGCAUAUUAUCAAAGGCGCCCAGAUCAUCCCGGUCAGCGACAAGGCAGGACUGAAAAAAGUCGGUGCUCAUGGACAUCACAAAUACCACGACCGUCGCACAGUGACAAUCCGGUCAUCGAAGAGCGACACCGAUGAUGUUUCGGAUGAUUUCCUUUGGGGCAUCAAGGCUGCCAAUCACGGCGGCAGACUUCUCUUGCAAAAGGGAAAGACAUAUGUCAUUGGCAAGAAACUUGACCUCAGCUUCUUGGAUAAUAUCGAGGUGCAGCUUGAGGGUGAAUUGAAGUUCACCGAUGAUAUCGACUACUGGCAAGCAAAUCACUUCUACUACUCUUUCCAGAAAUCUAUCACUUUCUGGGUCUGGGGUGGUCAAGAUAUCAAGAUCUUCGGAAAGGGUACUCUCAAUGGUAAUGGCCAGGAGUGGUACAAUGCCUUUGCUGGCCUGGAAGUUCUGGACCCGGACAAUACUUUUUACCGGCCCAUUCUAUUCUUGACCGACAACGCUACCCGCGUGUCCGUCGAGGGUAUCACCCAACUCAACUCGCCCUGCUGGACCAACUUCUUCGUCCGUACCAAGGAUGUCUCUUUCGAUGAUGUCUUUAUCAACGCCUUUUCCACCAACGCAUCUGCUUUGCCCAAGAAUACCGAUGGAUUUGACUCCCUCAACGUGGACGGUCUCAGUGUGACCAACACGCGCGUCGAUAUCGGUGAUGACUGCUUCUCGCCCAAGCCCAACACAACCAACAUUUUCGUGCAGAACCUGUGGUGCAACAAUACCCACGGUGUCAGUAUGGGAAGUAUUGGACAGUAUUCGGGAGUCGAGGAUAUCAUUGAGAAUGCCUGGAUUGAGAAUGUGACUCUGUUGAACGGCCAGAACGGCGUCCGUCUCAAGGCUUGGGCUGGACCGGACAUCGGCUUUGGGCGCAUCAACAACAUCACGUACAAGGACGUACAUAUCGAGAACACCGACGCCCCUAUUGUGUUGGAUCAAUGCUACUUCAACGUCAACGCUACCACGUGUGCUGAGUACCCGUCAUCAGUCAACUUCACCAACAUUACUUUUGAGAAUAUCUAUGGAACUUCGUCGGGCAAGAAUGGCAAGGUUAUCGGGGACUUGACUUGCUCGCCCAAUGCUGUGUGCUCGGGUAUUCAGCUCUCUGAGAUCGAUAUUACUAGCCCGGCUGGAGGUCCCCCCGUCGUGAUUUGCGAUGGAAUUGAUGGAGAUAUUGGCGUGGAGUGCCAGUCGAGCUCGGCUUAG